AUGCGUUUUAGCAUCUUAGUUUCGACGGCCUUUGUAGCCGCGCUCAAUGCCUCUGCAAUCCCCAACGGCUUUAGCUUCGCUUACGAGAACCGGACCCUGGAAAAGACGGAUAAGCCGAAAUGCGAUUGCUGGGGAAGUAUCAUGUGCGCUACUCUAAAGGUACAAGACUGCGAUGAAGCUGUCAAUUACAAACUUAUCAGGAAUGACGAUAUCAACUAUGGAGCUGUUGGAAGCGGAAUGCCACAUCUGGGAGUUUGUCACGGUAUAGGUACCGACUUCGGUUGCGGAAUCCUCAUCACAGGAAACCCGGGUUGUGUUAGGUCUGGCAACGAUAUGUGGUGGGAUUACCAGGAUAUUCGAAAGAGCGGCUGCCACCACUGCGGAAAAAAGUACUGGGGUGACGGAUGUGCUACGACGAUCGACUAUUACCCCGAAUGCGGAAAGGUUCAUUAA